AUGGUCUCCGUUAAACGCAUGCAAUUGGUGCGUUGUCUCUCUUCGUUAAUUCACGGUUCAUCAGCGUCCAAAUUGAUGUGGAUCUUUCAACUCUACGACACAGAAGGUGACGGCGUAAUCGACAAGACCGAGAUGUUGAAGGUAGUCCAAUCCAUUUACGAUCUGCUCGGCAAACACACAGACCCUCCUUACGAAGAAGCGUCGGUGAAAGAGCACAUGGAAUUUGUGUUCAGUAAAUUGGACAUAAAUCAGGAUGGUGUUAUAAGUCGAGAAGAAUUCAUAGAAGCCUGUCAAAAUGAUCCCAACAUAUCGGACGCUCUCGGGUGUUUGCACACGACCAUUUAA